UCGAUCUCAUUCGGCAACCCUGACGUUUUACAAUAUAUUAGUCAUAAAAUUUUUUCUAGAUCAGGGUGAUCACUAGAUUAUUCUAACGGCAAGAUGAGUGAAAAGCAUUUUGGAUCACACUUGAAGACCAGCGAAAAGGUGCUGAAAUCAGUAGUGAAACUGUUUGUUCAGAUUUCAACUCCUAACUAUAGUAUGCCAUGGCAGAUGAAGCGACAACAGCAGGUCUUUGGAUCAGGGUUUGUGAUUUCUGGAAGGAGAAUUCUCACCAAUGGACAUGUAGUAGCCUAUCAGAAGUCUGUGCGAGUUCGUAAGCAUGGAGAUGCUAAGAAGUACAAUGCCCAUGUGAUUCAUGUUGGCCAUGAGUGUGAUAUUGCCAUGCUGGGUGUAGUAGAUGAAACCUUCUGGGAGGACCUAUGUCCUCUGGAAUUUGGUGAGAUACCUGCCCUUGAAGAGGAUGUGGUUUGCGUUGGUUUUCCAACUGGUGGAGAUAAUAUAAGUGUCACACGAGGAGUUGUCUCCAGAGUGGAAAUUCAACGUUAUGCACACUCUGCUGUUGAACUUCUAGCAAUUCAGAUUGAUGCAGCAAUAAACAGUGGUAACAGUGGUGGACCUGCCCUUCAGGAUGACAAAGUGAUUGGAAUCGCUUUUGAAACACUGGAUAAUGCAGAAAACAUUGGAUACAUUAUACCUGUAACAGUAAUAAAACAUUUCCUGGGGGAUAUUGAGAAAAGCAGUACAUAUAAUGGUUUCUGCCGACUGGGAAUCAAAUGGCAGCCAAUUGAAAGUGAGCACAUGCGGCACUACUUUCAGCUGUCAGCAGAACAGACAGGGGUCCUUGUUACCAAGGUCCUUCCUUUGUUCAGCUGCAGCAGUGUGCUGAAACGAGGUGACGUCCUUAUGGCAGUGGAUGAAGAAGUGAUUGCAGACAAUGGAACAGUUCAUUUUCGCGGUAAUGAACGUAUUCUCUUUGACUACAAAUUGUCACAAAUGUUUAUUGGUGAAAUCUGCAAACUGAAGAUUCUAAGGCAAGGUCACGUCAUACAGGUUGAGGUGACACUGGAUCUCAUCACAUCACUUGUACCAACCCAGCUUUAUGACAAAAGACCAAGUUACCUCGUGUACGCUGGCCUCGUGUUUGUGUCUCUCUCCCAACCCUACAUGCAACAUCAGUACGGAAAAGACUGGGCACGAAAGGCACCCAUAAGGCUCUGCGAUCGUGUUCUUUACGGUAUUUUGAAUCAAACGGGGCAGGAAGUCAUUUUGCUUAGUCAGGUUCUCGCAUCGGAGCUAACAACAGGCUACGAGACAAUGGCGAAUUUGCAGCUUUUCAAAGUUAAUGGGAGACCAAUUCUGAAUCUAAAGCAUCUUGCAUCUGUUCUUGAUGAAAUCACCAAACCUUUCAGCAAACCACAAGACUCACAAGCGAAAGGCGAAACAACGGUCAGAACUGUGACAUCAGAAAGCUCUGUGGAGGACAACAGCAACACAAAGCAGGGCGAAUUAACUGUUAAGAGUUGUGAAAUACACAAACGCCAUAAUGACAAUAUAGUCCCUUUAAAAGAAAUCACAACUAUUGACGAUACGGAUGGUCGGUCAUGCGCCAAGCUUAAAACUUUAGAGGACGUCAAGAAAAACAGUGAGAGGGGAAGUAGUGUCUGUGAAAUUGACGUCCAUCCUAUGUCACUUUACCGGACAACGUCCAAAGGAUGCAGAAAACAAGAUUUCACUCAAACUGAUUUACGUUCCUCAGACGCCUUGUAUUUAUCGACGACACAAGCGACCGAUAUGACUUCUGGUGUGGAUGACGAUCCUACCCUUCUAAACAGAGAAGAUUUCGUGCAUUUUGAGCUCGAUAAGGAUAAAAUAAUUGUGUUACAUAUUCCAACUGCUUAUAACAGUGCACCAGAAAUACUACAACAAUACGCAAUAGGUCAAUCUCGAUCUAAUGACUUGCCUCCACCACCUUAAUUUCACGUGCUGAACACGUGAAUAUGGGAGGUCACGAACUCUGCUACACCUUCUGUGAUGUAAAGCAUUGCAGAACUCAGCCCCUUUAAUAAAGUGUAACCUUAUCUUGGUUGCCUAACUCUGUCCUGUACCAAAGGAGAGUCGAAAAUCUUUUUAAAUCCUACCCGAUUUUGAAGUCUCGAAAACUUUUCAGAAUUCAAAUUUUUAAAAGAACGUUUGGUAUAUAAAAUGACAGUGUGCCGAGUGCAGUGUUUGAUCAUUGACCAGUUACAUUGUUAAAUUGAUAUUGACAUUUUACGUUUUCGUCUUUGGAUAGCACGAUACAAACGUAGGAUAACACUCAACGUAUUAUCGAGUACGGAGCUGGAUCUCCAUUACUGAUAAAUGAAAAAAGAAUGCAACAUUACUCCCGAACUUUACUGGUCAUGUUGAAAAGGGCAAGACUCAUUUCUGAUAUAAUUUCUUAUUUUGUGAGUUGUGAAAACGCAAAGUAAGAGGAUGUUAAAAUCUCUAUUAAGCAACUGGAAGGGAAUAAGCGAGGACAGAAUGAUUAAAUGUAACAAAAAAUAAUUAGUUUUUGUUAACAUGUAUAUUUAUAAGUAAGAUGUGCAUUUCAUUUCUUAUAUCUUUAACAGUAGAGUUUUUCACUCCGCUUCAUAGGUCUUCAUAUACUUAGUAUGAAAUGGGUGAGGGUGAAUGACUUUUUAUUCUUUUGUCAGUUCCAUAGUUUCUUUUGUUUUUUUUUAAUCAUCCCGUAUGAAAGAAGGUGAAGUUGAGUAAAAUUGUGGGCGCCAGCUACUCGAAGAGACCUGGGGACGAUCAGAGUUUGGAGUUAAAUUAAAUAUCUUAGUAACGUACAACGAUGACUGGUUCUGUGAACAAAUGUAUGGGAAAUUUAAAAGCUAAACUUAUUAUUGAGAUAGGAAAAUUUUCCUAUCAUGCAAUAAAUCAUUUUCCUUUAAAUACCGCACCCAAUGUCUAGAGCAGUAUGGAACUCUUAGCUCUUUACUACUUUCUCAUAAUGCUUGAAUUUCAAAAGGCGUGUUCGGAUGUGUUUCGUCCUUCACGACCUAACGGGGAGUUUACACGUGUUUCCAAUUUCUACUCCCCCCCUC